AUGGUUGUCCCUCUGAAUUCUCCCCAGCCAGUAUUUUCCCUCCCACCGUUGGAUGAAAUCCCUGAUACCGAUGAAGACACCCCUAAAGAUGGAACACCGCUGGGUGAAGUAGGCUCUAUGCACGUCCCGGAGAUCGUCCUUGGCGCAGCAACGUUUUCCUAUCACUACAACUCUGACGAAUAUGUCGCCGGGACGAUGCCUCUGCGCACUGUCCGAUUAGCUCUGCGCUACGGCAUACGAGCCUUCGACACAGCAGCAUACUACGGCGUAUCCGAGAUCGUGCUCGGGACCGCGCUCAAGACACUGGCGCCUGAAUUCCCGCGGUCAUCCUACAAAUUGAUGACCAAGUGCGGGCGGUACGGCCCCGCGCAAAGCGAGUUCGAUUACACCCCCGCGACGGUGCGCGCGAGCGUGCGGCGCAGCCUCGCACGGCUGAACACGGACUACCUCGACGUGGUGUAUCUGCACGACGUCGAGUACGUGUGCACCCCUGUCGGCCCACAGGAGGCGGGGGACCACACAGCCGCGCUCGCGGACGCGCGAGAAGCCGAGUACGGGCUCGCGCGGGGCGCGGAGGGGAAGACUUGGGGCGAGGGCGACCAGAAGAUCCUCGACGCCCUCGCGGAGCUGCGCAAGAUGCAGGGGGAGGGGCUCAUUCGUGCGGUCGGCAUCACAGGCUACAACCUCCCGACGCUCCUGCGUCUCGCACUGCUCGUACUGCACACCCCGCCUUACAAGCCGCUCGACGUGCUGCUCACCUAUUCGAACCUGAACCUGCAGAACGCGUCCUUCGCGUCCUUCGCCCCCGCGCUUAAAGCGCGCGCUCGCAUUCCGCAGCUGCUGAUCGCGUCCCCGCUCAACAUGGGCUUGCUCACCUUCACACCGCCCGCGUGGCACCCCGCCCCGGCGGGCCUGCGCGCUGCGACCGCGGAGGCGGUUGCGGUUUGCGAUAAUGCGCCGUGGGAGGGCGGCUUGCCGAACGUCGCGGUCGGGUAUGGGUUCCGCCGGGGCGCAGCCGUUGGCGUGCCCGUUGUCGUCGGCAUGACCAACUUGCUGGAGGUGCAUGAGAACGUGCGCGUAUGGCGCGAGCUCAAGGAUGGGACACGGGCGGAGGAGCGCGUGGCCCUCGAGGGGCGUGUGGUCGAUGUCUUUCGCGAAUGGCAGGGAUGGUCGUGGGUUUCGCCGCCGUCGCAGUGA